UUCUCCCCGCUGGCCGGACGGGGCACAAUAUGCCCGGGCCAUGCUGAAAGCCGUCCCCAGGGACGAGAAGGAGGCGAUCCCUGGGAUCAACUCCUUUAAUGCCGACCGGGUGCUGGUCGACCUGGCCGACGCUAUGCUGCGCGUAGAGGGGCUCAAACGAGCUUAUACCCGCAAGUCUGAGGAGGUAAGGAGAAGCAAACGGGCUGUUGAUGACGCCCAUAAUGUUGCUGACUACUCUUUGUACAUGCAUGGCUUAGAAUCUAAAUCUAUACGCAUGGAACAGGCGGAGAAGACCAAAGCCCUCCAACAACAGAUUGAUCAGCUGAAAAACCAAGUUGACCAACUGCAGGCGUCCCUGGAUGAUGCCAAUAAAAAGUUGGAGGAACAGACAGAGCCCCUCCAACGGCUGAGCAAGGCGGAGACUGAAAAUGGCCGCCUUGCCAAAGAGAAUGAGCGCCUGCGCAAAGAGGCGGCUGCUGCCAAUGAGAACUUCAAGGUCACCUUGGAGUCGGAGCAGGAGAGGCUCAUUGAAGAGAAUGAGCAUGACUGUGCAAACCGGAUGCAACGGGCGUUUUCCCUCAUCCACCCGGAGGCGGACUUCAGCAUGUACAAUGCUUAG